CAAGGGAACAACAGUCGACAAGUUACCACCAUGAUGCGGACAAUAAGCUUAGUUUUAUUGCUGUGUGUGGGUCAUGCACUGUCUGCUAGUAUUGAGAAUACCCGUAGCAGACGAGAGGGUGGCACGAACAUGGUGUGCCAAUCGUGUGGAGGGGGACAAGACGACUGCAGCCAAACAAUAACAUGCGAUAAACCAACUGAUCAAUGCUUUGUGAAGUUUGUAAAACAACCCGGAAACGGCGAAAUCAAAGUCAUCAAGGGAUGCAAAGGAGCAUGGGGAUGUACUAAUAAUGCGGACAUCAUUGCAAGCCUUAACGAUGAUAACUGUCACCUAGAUAUGAGCAGAAAUAUCGUAGUGAACGACAAAUGUAUUCUGUGUAUGGGUGAAGGCGUCUCGAACAGUGACGCUAAUUUGCCCAAUUACGAAGUAGAUUGUGAGACAGAUGGUUCCGGUGAUGAUGAACCAGAGAUACCAACACCACCAGUCAACUUGUGUUUUGAAACACUUUAAAGAUACGAGUAACCAGUUAUCUACAGAUUUCAACUUUAGCAGCUUGGUUGGGGAUAUAGUUUAAAAGAACUGCCACGGAAUUCGUUUCAUUUAAUGAUAUAGAAUAGUUGCUGUACAUUUUCAUGAAUAAAUUAAUAAAAUCAC